AUGACAGCCGAAGAAAAGCAGAUCGGCGAUGGCAGCCAUGUUCCCGCGACUUCAGGCACAACCCUCCUCCCGCGUCCGGUAGCGUCCCUGGUAUCCCUGCUGACUCAAUCGACCUCGCUGUCUCUGCGCGUGGGCACUUUCGUUGGCGGGGUAGCCCUAGAUGGAGCACGCGCGACCACGCUGACGGGGUUCGAGUUGGGCCGAGCGGUCAUCGAGGGGAUCUUGACUCGAGCGGGGAGGGAUGUCGCGAUCCGCAGUGGGGAUGAGCAUGGCAGGAUGGAGGCUGAAUCACUUCUUGAGCGCAGUUUGGCGACUCUACAUACAACAGUGACCUCGGCAUCUUUCUUCGCAGCGGCCACUUUCCACUUCUCAUCUACGACGCUGGCAUCGGUUGCCAAUUUCUCACAGGCUCUUCUAUCAACUCUUGAUGCCAUCCUGGGAUCUACGGAAUCAUCGAGGGCUAUUGCUGCCAUUAUUACUCUUAUCCGUCGAGAGUUCAGGUCCGGGGAUACUGGCGCCAGCAACGAGAAAAUCGGUGUGGGAGAUCUGCUACUUGGUUCUGUGGGGUUUGCACUUCUGCAGCGCUGGGGCAAAAAGAAUACCGAACGAAGUCUUCGAGAGAACGGUGGAGAUGAAAUAGUUUGGGAUACCGUUAUCUUGGACAGCGGUGUCAGGGCAGAUGUUGUCGGAACGCAUCAAAUCCAGUUUCCAGGUGGAGGAGUCGAUGCAGCGGCAGAUCCCGAAAGCGCUUCAUUCGUCAUGCCUGGAAAGGAAGAAGCCUUUGAUGCCGUGCAGCGGCGAUCUAGCAUUGCUCAGACCUUUAGUGGAUCUCGCCUGUCAUUUCCUUUGGAUGAACAACAACAAGUGUCGGACGAAGAUGUUCGCGCCUACAUCAUGAGCCAACUGCCACAAGGUUGUCACGCUUCCAUCAAAUCGGAAUUAUUGACAGCUCGCACCAUCACGGUGGACAUCUUUGAUGAUGAUAUGGCUGAAAUUGCUGCUCCUCCUGGAACUACGAUGAUCGAAGAGCGACACCAUCAUGAUCAUGAAUAUGCAAAUGCCAGUGCUGGCGCCCCAGAGUAUCGACGGUUACCAAGACAUACAGUGGUAUUCCGCACAGCCUUCAAUAAAUCACAAAGCACCCAGCUACGGCCUCAUGACGUCCCGGUUGGUUCAAGUCCAGUUGAGGCGGAUCACUUCCAACGACAUUUGCCUCGAGCUCCACAGUCUCCGCAAAAAGCGAGAGACCACGGCAAUGGGGAACGCUCACUGUCUGGUCCUGCAAGCGGUGUCACGAUCAAGGGUACUGGCGUUGCCAGUCCGGAGCCUGAAGAUGACAGUGCCCAAAAGCCACCGUCUGGAAGGAACUCGUUCACAAAGUUCACCCAGCGAGUGAAACCAGGUGGCUCCGAGAAGACUGACGACACCAAGCGCCCUCUAUUGAAGAAACCUACUAUCAGAGCCCCGGCAUUAUCAGCAACUAAUAGCGCACGUCAGCCUGUCAAGCCCACGAAAGGAACGGCCUCGGUGAAAGACGCCACUGCGCGAGAAGUUUCCAACAAGCCAGACCCCAAGAGAAGGCCGAGCCAAACACCCGACUAUCGGCCAACUACCCCGGCUCCCAAUCGGGGACUACGGAGAUCGCCCUACCCAACAUCUCCCCAGUCCCCACGCUCGCAUGUCAAACUCAUUCCUCGCAAUGUCCCCGACCGAAAGAGCUCCAGGCCAGGGCAUUUCGCAGUACGCGAAAGGAGUCACGAGUCUCUCCUCACCCACACUGAUACCUUCUCUCGCCGCAAUGGUGACAUGCGUCCCGGGUCGCCAGCAGCCGCUCGAACUCAUGUUCGCAGCAGCAGCUCUUUGUCUGUGUCAAGGUCCGAGGCAGACGGUACUAUCUCCGCGAAUGAUCAUCGGCCCAGUUCAUCGGCAUUGCAUGGAAGAUCUCAAUCAUAUACUCCAAGCAUGUAUUCCGUCGCCACCGCUGGCUCUGAGACGUCGCUUCUACUGGCACAUCGACCGCGCAAGAGCACGUAUGAAGACGCGGCGACUAUCCAAGCUCUCAAUCGGGAUGGCCUUGUGCCUGGAAUCUUCCCCGAGAGACAUUUUGUUCAAAACGUUCGCCGAUUCUGUCGUUUCUCUUCUGCGUCUUAUGGCGCCAGUGCCCUCAAAGUCAUGGGUAUACCCAGAGGAACGAAGACUAUUCCUCCCAUCACCUCGGACAGUCAUGAGCACCACGCAUUCUCCGAUCACGCGGGCCUUCCAUCCUCGACAAUCCUUUUGUCCUCUUUUGUCGACCCAGCUGGAGGCUCCAAUGCCGCAGGUGAAACCGAAAGCGGGUUCCCACUCGUGCAUUACCUAUCAAUCGACCACGAAUCCAAGGCCGUGGUCCUAACUCUUCGAGGAACAUGGGGCUUCGAAGACAUUCUCACAGACAUGACCUGCGACUACGACGAUCUAGAAUGGCAAGGCAAGAACUGGAAGGUUCACAAAGGUAUGCACGCCUCCGCCAAGCGCCUCCUAGGAGGAGGCGGCGGCCGAGUCAUGAUCACUCUCCGCGCAGCCCUGGAAGAAUUCCAGGACUACGGCGUCGUGCUAUGCGGCCACUCCCUAGGCGGUGGCGUAGCAGCUCUCCUCGCAACCAUGAUCGCCGAACCGAACAAUGACCUCCAUGGCACAUCUUUCGUGACGGCAUCUUACAACCCAACAGCCCGUCCACGCCUAUUGGCCGUGGACAGAGACACAAGUCUCAACGCAACACCACCCCAAUCCCAAUGCUACGACCUACCCACCGGCCGCCCAAUCCACGUCUACGCCUACGGCCCACCAGCCGUCAUGUCCCCAUUCCUCCGCCUCGCAACCCGCGGCCUAAUCACAACGGUCGUAAACGGCCAAGACGUCGUCCCCAGCCUGUCUCUCGGCAUCCUACACGACAUGCACACAGCCUCGCUAUCAUUCAAAGCCGAUAUCUCCGGCGCCAAAUCACACAUCCGCUCCCGACUCCACGACCGCCUCCGCCAGUCCAUCAUCCACAAAUUCUACGUCAACCAGCCGCCGCUGGUAAUUAACGCCGGAGAUGGCGUGGGCGAAGACGCAUGGGCGUGGAAAACACUCCGGCUACUCCGUGAUGAGAUGCGUGCGCCGAAACUGAUGCCGCCGGGUGAGGUGUUCGUGGUCGAGACUAUGCGUGUGCUGCAGCGGGAGGCGUUUACGGCGCCCGAGUUUGUGACGGAUAGUUAUCCACGACUUGGAUGGCCUGCUACGAGGGUGCAGAUGCGGUUUAUUCGAGAUGUGGAUGCUUGGUUUGGGGAGUUGAGGUUUGCCAGUGGCAUGCUAAGUGAUCAUAAUCCGGCGAGAUAUGAGACUAGUCUGGCGGCGUUGGCGAGGGGGGUCUUGGAUGAGUAG